AUGUCUUCUCAUAAGGCUUUCAGAUUCAAGAGCUUCCUGGCCAAGAAACAAAAGCAGAAUGGCUUCAUUCCCCAAUGGAUUCGAGUGAAAACUGGUAAUAAAAUCAGGUACAACUCCAAGAGGGGACACUGGAGACAAAUCAGGCUGGAUCUAUGAGGAG